CUGAAGCUGAAUUUAAACAUAAAGUUUGAUCAGUAAUAAUAAUAAUAAUCAGCAGCCAAACAGAGCACGAGGCAUUCAGGGACCGUUGUUAGUCAUCACAUUCAGUGAGCUGCUCUUUAUUUUGUCGCCAAGCAGAAAUAAAUUAUUAAAACGUUAAAUAUUGAAAGAGCUGAUCAGUUGGGCGCUACAUGAAAUAACAAAGCAAGAUGCUGGAUCAGUCAGAAGGAAAAACAGACACAAAAAGACAACUUUAUAUUAAUCAAAUCAUAUGAAAAUUAUACAAAAAAUCUCUUAAGACCAACAUGUUGAUCGGCCUGAUGAAUCAACAUAUUGAUUCAUCAGGGCCACACAAAAUCACUCCAGGGGCCACAGCUGGCCCCUGGACCACUCUUUGGACACUCUGGUCUAGAAUAAUGCGCCCCCUGGUGGAAUUGUCCUGAACUGUGAGGAUCAGCAUCAGAGCUGCUGAAAUUACAGGUUUGAUAUUUCCUACAACGGCAUGAAUCACCUGAAAAAUCAGUUGCUCUCUCAAAUUCCUUAAUUCCUUAAUUCAUCUCUCUAAGUGAAUAUCUGUCAGAAUGAGCCGCUCCUUUUUGCUGGGUUCAAACUGCUGGCUCAUGCUGUUAGGGUAACAGUGACUGCAGGAAUCUGAAGUAUUUAAAAAUAAUAAUUGUUUCAAUGGAAAGAUUCACAUUUACACUUUUAUUGUGAUUUGAUGACAGACCGUGUGAUUAUGAUAAAGAAAGAAAACUGCAAAAAAAAAAGAAAAAGAAAAGAGAAACUAAAGUAGAAAUGGGAACAUAAGACAGGAGAACAUGCAGCUCCGCAGGAAUUAGAGUUUUCCUGACGUUCCCGCUGCUGGAAAUCAAACUGUGAUCCACAUCACAACAAAUAUCCAUCAUCCAACUGCUGUGAUGUCAUCACACAGUAUAGCCAUGGCAACCUGAGGGCUCACCAUUGGUCGACUUAAAGCUUCACCUUUGGUUGGAGAAAGUCCGGACUCACCAGUUCAGGAAAAUAUAAAAAUAUGGUUGUUAUGACAGCUUGUUCAAGCAGUUUGGAUGUUCAGUCUUCGGAUUAAAUGAUGUUCAGGAUGAGUGAGCAGAACUUGUACAGUACACCGUGAUGACAUGAGCACAGAAUCAGUUCCAUGGCGGCUCAAAGGAAUUUGAGACUUGUUCACAGAAAUGAGAAACUGCCUGGUUGAUACAAUCAUUGGCAGAUUGAACAGAAAGUCUAGAAAAUUUCAACCUGGUCUGAGAAAUGCACCAAAAUCUGGGAGGGCUUUCUGUCUGUCAGCAUUUAACCUGGUUCUGGAUGUAACCCGGGACUGGUUCUGGACGUAACCCUGACCCAGACUCUCCAGCAGCUGGAACCGACCUGCUGAACGGGGAGGAGAGGCUUCCGGAAAACUGCGUUAAUCAUUCAGGAGCUAAUGGAGCGGGACACAGCCUUCAUCAGCAGAACACGGCGGCAGGACGCACAACAAGCUGCAACCACUAAUGAGGCUGUUUCUGUGUCCAACAGGUACCGACAGAUAGACAGAUAAAUAGAUAGAUGGAACUUGGCUUCUACAAUGCCAGUGGAUUCAGAUUGGGUUGACCUUUAACCCUCAGAGGUUCGUGAUGGGUCUGGACCGGGUCUCUACCACCACUCCACACAUCAGCUACCUGGGUGCGGUGAGCCUCAACACCUCCACUCCUUAUGCCUCCUCCACCUCCUCCACCCUGCCUCCGUCUUCCUGCAGCAUCGAUGAAUCCUACAAGUACGUCUUCCUGCCCGUCUGCUACUCCCUGACCUUUCUGUUCAGCCUGGUGCUGAACUCGGUGGUUCUGGUGCGGUCGUGCCGGCCCCAUGGUGGCGGCGGGCGGCGCUGGAACACCUCUCUGAUCUACAUGGUGAACCUGGCCACCACAGACCUGAUGUACGGCCUGUCGCUGCCCUUCCUGGUGGCGAGCUACGUGCUGAGGGACCACUGGGUGUUCGGGGACUUCAUGUGCCGCCUCGUACGAUUCCUCUUCUACUUCAACCUCUACUGCUCCAUCUUCUUCCUCACCUGCAUCUCUGUGCACAGGUACCUGGGGAUCUGCCAUCCAAUGAGGACCAUCACUCUGGAGAGCAAGCGGGUGGUGAAGGCAACGUGUGCUUCGGUGUGGGUGGUGGUCUUCGUUCUCACCUGUCCUAUUUUCAGGUUUGCCCAGACAGGAGACGUUACUAGAAGAGGUUCUGGAGCUGUUGGACCUGAGGGGACGAGGUUUGGAGACAACAGGACUGAGGAGAAGUAUGUGAACUGUUGGGACGACGCUAUCGAUAAGGACUUUCCUGAAUAUGUCCCAUAUGGCAUUGUCCUUCACCUGCUGGGCUUCUUCGUCCCCUUUGUCAUCAUCGCUUGGUGCUACUCUCAGGUGGUCCGGACAAUAUUUCAGAGCCUACGGUCUCCACCCAGUUCAAUAGAGGGCGGUGAGGAUGGAGCAGUUGGGGACGGAGCAGUUGAAGGAGGUCGAGAUCGGGAGAGAACUUCAGUCUCCAUCUCUGGAUCACAGUACUCCCACUACAUCCGGAGGCGGCGCAAAUCCAUUAAAACCAUUGUAACCAUCACGCUGCUGUUUGCGCUCUGCUUCCUGCCCUUCCAUGUGACCCGGACGUUGUUCCUGCUCCUGCGGCGGGGGCAGCUCGGCGGCUGCAACGCCAUGAAGGCCGUCUCCAUCUGCUACAAGGUCACCAGGCCUCUGGCCUCCUGCAACGCCUGGCUCAACGCACUGCUCUACUUCCUGACGGGAGAUAAGGGUGCCCCCUGCUGCUGGCCAGUGGAACGCACAGUGCACCAGGACAGAAGAAAUGGCUCCCUCUGGUGGCCAUUAACAAUACUGAGGAAGGAAGGAGGCGGAGAGGACGACCAGGAGGCGGCCGAGAAGGUAGCAAGGGAGCUGCAGAUGGAGAAUGAAUCCAAGUCUUCACGGAUCAUCUUCUAGGACUUUUGAAGAUGAUCCGGGAUCAUCUUCAAAGAUGAUCCGUGCUUAUCUUCAUGUCAACGGGUUGAGCAACAACGGAUUGAGUAACAACCCGUUGACAUGUUGCCCUGAACCUCCUCAGUGACUCCUGAGUGUUGAUCUGAUACAACUUUAUCAACAGACCAAGUUUCAGUCGUCUGGUGCAGAGUCCUGAUGGCGACCCAGUUCUUUGGUUCUGGUGUGAUGAAACAGAGACAGAUCCGGAGAUGGUUUCCUGGGUCCUCCUGCUCUACAGAAAUUACAUGUUUCCUCAGUUGUUAUGUUUAACGGCUUCCAUUGAUCAUAAGUAACCUGAACAUGUCCCAUGAAGCAUUGCUCCUGGCAGGAAGCUGGUGGGAUCAUGGAUUGGACUUUCAUUGUUCUAGAUUCUAGAAGAUGCUGCAUCUGAUAGACCCGUCAACCUCCACGUUUAUCUUCACCAAUGUGAGAUUAGGAUUGGGAGACUGGGAUUAAAGGUGGAUUACAAACAUUUUAACCCAACCUUCCCUCAGAAGCUGUGAGUGAGCCACUCCAAGUCGGACCGGCUGUGGUUCUGGUGUCCCUGUUGUUUUAAUCUCAGGUGGUUUCUCCUUUCGGACCUCAUUAGUUUGGAUGUUUUGAUGUUUUUGUGUCAGAAUUAAAGUGUUUGUGACUC